AUGGGGGUAACAAACAACAAUGAAAUAUUUAAUGGUUAUGACAGUGUUGGUUUCAAUGAAUCAAUAUUGUUUUUAGAGAACUUUAUAGAAGAAUACCAAGAGUCUAAAUCAAAUUAUCAUUUUCAGGGUAAAUUAAAAGCAAACUUUGAAUUAGGAAUAGAAGACCGAGUUAGAGGUAAUGAAAUAGUAUUCAAAUUUCCAUUUUGUCAAGAACAGUUAAAAAGUGUGGUUGAAUUAUAUGGAGAUGCAAGUAAAGUAUGCUUAAUAUCGGCAGAGAUGGUCAAAUUGGGUAGUAGAUUAAAUAACACUAGCAAUGAUCCAAGGUGGUUGAAAAUUAUAGAGAAUAUUAAAGAAAAGUGUAAAAAUGGACUGGGUUUUCAAGAUGAAGAAAAGUUUCAAUUAAAUCUAAGUAGGCUUUUAAUAUGUAGCAGCGAAAGUGGCAAAGUCGAAAUACCACAACAAAUAAAUCAAAAUUUAGUUGGUACAAUCUGUUUAGUAUUGCCCAGUGAACACAAAGGAGGUGAAUUAGAAAUCAAAUAUGGUGACUACAGGCCCUUAUUAUUAAAUUUAGAGACAUUACCAGAUGAAAUAAACUAUUCAGCAUUCCUCCAAUACUGUAACUUUGAAUUUAAACCUAUUACAAGUGGUUAUAGAGUAUGUCUAAUAUUCAAUUUAUUCAAGACAGGUAAAAGAACUUUACAACCAUUUUAUGAAUCCGAACAAAGAGCACAUUCAUCAAAGUUAGAUAUUCAUCAAAUGAAUAAUGAGAUAAAGCAAAUAGAUUUACUUGCAGACUCUAAUGAAAUAACACCAGUUCAACAUUUAGAGUUUGAUAGUGCACAAAUAUUAAAUAAUAAUUAUUUAAAUGGUUAUGAUGGUUUAUCUGCUCCAAUACUACAAAGAAAAACAGAACCAACAAACGUUUCUUUAGAGGAGGGUUAUCAAUUUUUUGAACAAUCAUCCAUGGGAAACGAAGCGUUGUUUAAAGUGGAAAAUUCACUCUCUGACAACAAUUCUGUCCAAAAUAAGGCACAAAAAGAAAAAUAUCUGGUUUUAGAAAAAGUAUCAACUCCAAUUAUUCUAACAGAUACUCCUGAAGAGAAAAAGAUCAAACAAGAGUUUGAAUCUUUAGUUAAAUAUAAACCAAAUAGUACACCCAAUAUACAAGCGAUUCACGAUUUUAUAAAAUCACACUCAACAUUUUUAACACCAAGAAUUAUAGAGGGUAAACUUCAUUCCAAUUUAAUUGAAAUAAAACCGGUUUUCCCAAUUUUAUUUGAUCAUUAUCAAGAAUUUGUUAUGUAUAGUUUUCAGCCAGCUAUCAGUAAUCUUUUAUCAGACCCAAGGCUAUCAAGAAGCGAUCUUCAAGAGAUUGGUGAGCUUGUAAAAUAUUAUGGAGAGUAUCUAAAUAAAGAAAUUAAAGAUAAAUAUGAACAUAGGAUAUUGAGUGAUAUUGCAAAGAAUAGAAACAUAAUACCAUCAAGAAUCACUGCAGAGUCAUCGUGCAUUGAAUUAAUUAAGCUUUGGUAUCAAAUAACACAAACACAGGGUGACACUAGAAAUGUACAGAAAAUAUUAUUCAAUGCCAUUUUAGACAAAAAAGUUAAAUCUGAAAUAGUAUUUGAAUUUAUGUUGGAAAUAUUAAGCAAUAUAAUUAGCGAUACGGGUAAUCGAGGUGACCAACAAGAGCAACAACACCGAAAACGUUUACAGCAAAUAGAUGAAGAAUUGGUUAAUAUUAACAGUUUAUCAGAAUUAUAUGACUUGACUAUAAUUAGAUACAUUAGACCGAAACUAGUAUUAAUUAAAGGUUAUUCUUUAGAUCCUAUCCACUGCGAACGUAAUUGUGAAACUUGUAAAAACUUAAAUAGUUUUCUAGCAGAUAAAUCUCGAGUAGAAUAUAACUGCUAUACACCAGAUAACACUAAAAAAAAGUUUAUAGAAGGUCGUCUAGGAUCUUAUUACUUUGAUUACUUGUCAUUUUCAAGCACCUCAAGAAGAAGCAAACUACCAGCUUGUAUUUUUAUUAAAAAGAACCAACCAGAAACAUUCACAUUAGAUGAACUUUUAAAUAUUGAAUAUAAAAUUCAUCAAGUUUUUAAAAUUUCAAACCUAUCACAAAAAUUAACUUUAAAAUUUAAUCGUCAUUUUGAAACGUUUCAAUAUUUAAAUGAAGCAAUUCAAAAACUAAAGAAAAAUCAAAUACAACAAGAUUUAGAGAAAAAUGUUCAACAGCCACAAUCACAACAACUACAAAUACAAAUAGAACAUCAAGCUCAGCUACAACCACAACAACCACAGCAACAGCAACAACCACAACAACCACAGCAAUUACAGCAAUCACAACCACAAAUAAAACAUCAAGCACAACUACAUAUACCACAUUCAUUCUCAGAUCAAGCUAAUAAUUUAACCAUUGAACAACAAAAACGAAUUCUAACCUCUCAAUUACAGGCAUUAAUAAACUCUCAAAAUGGAAUAGAGGCAUCUAUGCAAAAUUAUAAUCAACGGGAUCAAAUAACAUAUAACUCUCUCUUUAAUAAACAACAAGAACUAAAUCAACAAAGAUUUCAAAUUUUACAAAAACUAGCGCAAAUCGAACAACAGCAACAAUACCAACUUCAAUCACAAGAAAUUGAUUUAAACAACCUAACACCAACCCAACAGACCAAAAUUCAAAACCAUUUUAAUUUAUUAAUGUUGGCGUAUGCAAGUGAAAAAAUUAAUAGAUUUACAUUAAUGGAUCAGUUAAAAUUAUUUUUGGGAUCAAAUGCAGCUAUAGAGUAUGAUAAAAGUAUUGAUAGCUAUGCAUUAUCAAAAAUAAUAUUCGAACCUAUUCCAAACAAUUUCAAUAUAGAGUUAUUAUUAAACAAUACUUUUAAUAUAAAGAUGGAAAUAUUAAAAGAAAAAAAUAGUAAUAACUACAAUAAUAAUAUUAGUAUGUAA